AUGGAUACAGACACAGAGUAUAGUCACUUCCCGACAGUGUCGGGGGAUAAGGACAGCAAAUACCUCCUUCAGAACGACACGAAACAAGAGCUCGAGAAGGAAAUUAUCCUCAACACACCGAGUCGCCUCGAGGGGAAGACGCGCAUACUACGUGCUUCGGACGUUCUUUUAUCAUUAGCUGGCAGGCCCACCACGAUUGAUCCUCGAGAACCAUCGCCGGCAGUUGAGAACUUUGCUGAGGCUCUACGGCUGUUCCCUCCCUUUCGCGAUGACGACGCGGCUACGCUAGGCGUACCGGAGGUGAAAUGCCCUGAUUGCGAUGCCGUUUUUUCGUCUGCGACCGAGUUGAACCAGCACUACCUAUCAAGAUACUGCUCUGGCUCUGCUAUCGCUGUAUACGUGAUGACGCGCGAUCGUUUAAUCACGAAGGGCUACCGCAUGGAGAAACGACUUAUACCGCUCGAUUGUCGCCCGAUCCGGUUCUUUUGCAAUAGGUGCGAAAGGUCUUUUGCUGUGGAUGAUGAGCCGGCCGAGAGACAGCGAAACACGGAAUGUCUCGUGGACUGUACCCGUUGCGGAUCAAAGUGUAACGUUCUAUACGAGCCCGUCCUCAACGACCCGCGCGACGACACAAGCUACCGAGAUCUUCAGAAAGAAAUCGGAAAUUCAACUCACAGCAGAAGCCCCAGCCUCGCUCAGAAGGGUUCCCUGCCGUCAAAGUAUUCGAUGACGGACUUUAAUGGGGAACAGACUCUAGCGAAAAAGGCUAGGAGGUUACGUGAUUCUUGGUCUUUUAGAAAGCUAUCGCAGAGUGAUGAGGAAGAGGUACUCGCCAUUAGUUUUGCUGGACUAUAUGAUCUGGAGAGGGUGCAUGCACCAAAUGGCAUAUACCAGCCGGUCCCUGCAGGGACAGGGACAGACUCCGGACCAGGGACGAUGCCAUCGGACGCGAGCUUCUGCUCGACUGGCCUCGGAGACAGCACCGUAAUAGAACCCGGCAAUACGGGCCUCUGUCAGGACGAAGAGAAACACCAAGCCAGCGACUUGGACAGCCCCGGUGGCGCACUCAGCGACAGCAGGAAUGUCGUUCAUGAGACUCCCAGGACCUCCAAGAGACAGUCCUUUUUCCAAAAGAUAUUUGGUCGCAAGAUUCCGAUGGGCGGCAUCUCCCGCUCGCGGUCCAUAAACAAGGGCAAAAAACUCAUGAAGCGAGCAAACACUAUCCGCUUCUCUUUCGUCACCAAGAACCCCGGACGCGACAGCCGAACAGCGGCCAGAGACAGUGAGGGUACAUCUGAGGAAGUCCUCGCGCAGGCGCCUGACGACAGCCAUGACAACAGCAGCACGACGGUGCAAGACGCCGAGUACGUUGGGCUGCUGCGCGGGGCGCAGAACGUGUUCGUGCAUAUGCAGUACAUCUCUGGCGGGGCGAUUGUGCACGAUGUGUCUGGUCGCCAGCGCAUACUCCAGGUUGACGAGGUGGCGCGGGUAUUCGUGCAGAUGAAGGACGAGCUUUCGUCGACGGCUGCGUGGUCGCGGGCCUUGACUACGCGGUUGAGAGGGGAAGCGUUGAUGAAGCAGGGGAAUGCGCAGCAGGCAGUCGUGGAGUUACAUGACGCGAUGAAGGUCCUUGACGAUACGCCCGGUCUUGAUAUUGAGAAGCAGACGCGCGCAGCGAUACUGCAUUCUAUGGGCCUGGCAUACCGGUGUUUGGACAUCCCUGCCGAGGCGGAGGCUUGCUAUCUUGAGGCUUUGGGUCUGUAUAAACGGGUUCUGGGGCGUGACCAUCCGAAGAACUUUGCUAUUCUUCAUGACCUAGGAGGCCUCUGUGAAAAGGAUGGAUAUGCCACUGAGGCAGCAGCGCUGUAUGAGCGAUCAUUCGCCGGUCGACUAAAAACUCUCGGGAACAACGCGCCAGAAACACUGAGCAGUAUGCAGGAUCUUGCAUCCCUUAAGGUUCUCCUCGGUGAUCUCGAAUCCGCGCUCUUGCUUCUCGAAAAGGCCGUUCCGGCGCUGGACACCGUGUUCGGGAUCCAGCACGCAACGACGCUGAACGCAAUGAACAAACUUUCGCUGCUCUACACGAAGCUCGGACUCGAAAAAGAGGCCCGCACGAUAUGCGGCCGUACUAUCCCACACUGCAGGACAGUCUUCGGUCUCAGCAACCCUGUCACCAGGGAUACGGUCGUGCGCUAUCUCCAAAGUACCGAGAACUUCGACUUCUCACCCGACAUCAACGAUAUUCUCCACAGCUACAAGCUCUCCCGUGAUGGAGACUGCCUGCGCGUAAUCCACCGCUUGGGUCGGUCAUACAUGGAUGCAGGCCUCAACCGGGACGCCGCGGCACUGUUCGAAUCCCUAGUUGAGGACUUCCUUGCUGUUAAGGGUCCCGAGGCGCCCGAAACAUUCGAUGCGCUUAGCGCACUCUGUGUUUCCAGAGAGCAUCUCGACGCAGUUGAUAAGGCUAUGCUUGCAUACAGACAGCUUGUGCAUAUGGCCAAACGAACUCCAGAGCACCACCAUUCGAGGAAACGCAUCGGGUACGCGGAGAAGAGGAUCUCCGAGCUUAGUCGCCGGAGGGAGUCCCUGGAAUCAGAGAAGAAAGAUUGGGGUCUUAGCGAGCCGAAGCCGUGUGAAAACUGUGGGAGUCUUACUAUCGUUCUGUGCAAGAUAUGCAAAAUCGCCCGCCUCUGCAGUGACACCUGCCGCAAGCAAAGCAAUGCCUGGCACGACGCACAGUGCAUCCCAUCCGUCUCCCUACGCGAAUCCAAAUCUCUCGCCGUGAAGCCCAAAUGUCCCAUAUCAGCGCGCGACCAAGCGCUCUCCAAAAUCGGCCACGCAGAUAUCAACAUCAAAAACGUCAACGUCAUUGCAAGUUACACGUUCUAUCUAGAUCCGCGCAACUUCACGACCUUCCGGAUGAAGCUUAACCCCAAAGUCAACACGGUCGUCUUGUUCUCGCUUGAUUCGGAUAUCCAGUACGCGGUUCUUAAUAACAAUCCUCCGCAAUCACAGUCGUCUUCGCCUGUGACGGAACAGGCUAAGGGGAGUCGACUGUCCCUCACAUCCUCCAAAAAGAAUAACACACAAGCAGCAACAGCCCCUCCUCCAGUCCCGCCAUCACAAAGGGACUCAGAGAGCGCAGAAGCUCAAGAACUCACCUGGCUAACCCCGCAAUCGCAAGACUCAAUCUCCUACACUCCUAUCACAGGCACAACCCCUACACCAGCCUCGCCGCUCAAUCCAAACCUACCCCCAUCCAUCAAAACCAACCAAAAUCAAAGCAAAUACGUCCUUGUCCGCCCUGGGAAAGAGAUGCACAACAGUCUAGUUGAUAAACGGAUCAGUGUUCGAGCUGGCAGUGAGGGUGCGGAGCGCGAUCUGUUUGCCGCGACCACUCAGCCGAAUAAGGAGCUUAUUGAGUAUGCGCAGGGUCUGCUGCUAACGGGGUAUCUCGGGGAAGGGUUUAUGUAUGUUGUUGAGUGGGUUUGGAGGUAA